AGCUGAAAAAAAUAACUAAAAUUAUCUUAUAAUUGCCCUAUAUAAAACAUCAAUCUUGCCAUCUUACAACUUCAAACGAAAGAUAUAGAUUCAUCCACAACAACCAUUUGGGACAAUUGAUGCGUAUGUGUUACUUAAAAAUAAUGCGUUGAAAUAGCAAAGAACAACAUUACUUUAAUGAAAGCUUCACGCAUAUUAGCAAAAAAAAAAGUUUCAAUCUGUAGGACUGCUAGGGAGUUGUGUUUCUACAACGUUCCGCAAAACAACAUGUAUGAUUAAUUUAUGAGGCGUGGUAAAUUGCGAAAGUCGGCUCCAUUCUCGGGUAUGAUCGGGAGCAGUUUCCGGAACGAUUAACCUCCUUUACAGACACCCACUGUUGGAUAAAGUGUCAGUCUCAAUUUUACACCCGUCCUGACUGGUGGAUGUACCGUCGCAGUGUCGCAGUGGUGAUGUUACUAAACGAGUCACUUAAUGUUUACAGUUCCAUGGAAGUAUUGUACUGGAUUCUACGACUGUUCGGGUAUGCUCCGUUCCGGCUACAGUUGGAUGCAGACACACCUGACCGGGAUGCAUUCGGAAUCUGGCGGACGAAACUAUACACCAUAUCUUUCGGAUUGGCAUAUACACUAGCUUAUAUAAAAUUUAUCUCCGAACUAAAACACACCGGGUUCUCCGCAUCGAUGAUCGAGGGCAAAGGCGAACGUAUGUAUUUUACUAUCAAUUUUUUCACCACCAUGUAUGGAGUUGUGAAUGGUUAUGCUGUGCGAGACAAAAUUGAAAAAAUGCUCUACAAGUUGCAUGUCGUGGAUCAAAAGAUCAGCCAAUGGAAACGCAACGUCGAUCAUCGCCGAUUUUAUCGAAACGUUUGGGCCGGUGUUUAUCUGAUUACAAUCGUGUUGUUGAUCUACAUUUAUGGUACUAUCAUCACUUGUCAGCUUCAUGAGAACUCGUGCAACAUGCAGAUUCUGUUCGUGUUUAUUUAUUUGCUAUUCGUCAACUCCUACGCAUUGAUGAUGUUGCAAUGCACCGCGUUUAUGGAAAUAAUUAGGACAAGAUACAAGCUAUUAAAUGGCUGUUUUCGAAUGUACUUUCCAACGAGUCCGUCGGCCGUGGGAAAUCCGAGCGAGUUUGCAAUAUGCAGCGAAAAGGAACAGAUUAAUGUGCUGAAGCAAAUCAAGAUCCUUCACGACAAACUGAACGACGUGGUCGAGCUCGUUAAUUAUUGCUUUUCAGUGCAGAUCACAUUUUGCGUUGGAUUGUGCUUCGUCAUCGGAGUCGUCUGUUCGUUCGGACUGUUCCGGGCGUUCAUCUAUCGUAACGAGCUGUUCUACAUGGGUGUGCUGAACUUCAUCUGGUACAUGUACUAUCUUUUCUUUGUCCUGUUUUUCAUUGCCGUCGGUAGCAAAAUAACACGCGAGGGCAAACGAAUCGGUAUCCUAGUACAUAAAGCCAUCAACUGUUCGUCCUCCUCGGCAGUGAUAAAUGAGUUGAACCUAUUUUCACAACAGCUGCUACAUCGAAGCCCGGUCAUAACGUGCGGGUUGUUUGUUUACGAUUGGACACUCUGGUACACGAUGAUUGGCGCCACAGCAACGUACCUCAUCAUCUUAAUUCAAUUCGAUGUCUCGUUUCCGAACUUGGUCAAUGUCAACGCCACGGCAGUGUACCGAGGCAGCACCUAAGGCUGGCCGUAUCGACACCAACGCUAAAAGACGAGCAACUUGAUCAUCACCGCUGAAUCUAGUGGGUAGCAAACUUUUCUAGGACAAGUGAUUCUGAUCGUAGAAGGAAACAUUCUUGCUAAAGCUCUUCGACGAAGCGUUCAUAGAAUCUCUGAUUUAACGUGCAUGUGCGUGUAUGUGUGUAUGUGUGUGUGUUUACUUUGAUGCUGAAAUGAAACAAAAAAUAAAACAGGGCUAAUCUGAACAGCCAGUUUG